GGGUUGGGGGGGGUUGAAUCCAUGAAUCACAUAAGUGUUUGGAUGGAAAGCUCAGAAGUGGGCCCCGGCUAAUUACCUGUCUGAGUGUCCGUUAGCCUGGCUGUCAGUGAUCCAGCCGUUUUUUUAUUAUUAUUAUCUGGUGGACUUUCAUUAAGAUAAUAAAAGUCAUUUUGUUUAUCGCACACUCUGUUACUCAUAAUCUCACGCUUCCUGUCUCACACAUCCUCUUCGUCUAUCUCCUCCUCCUUUCUUAAAACAUGACCCACCCUCUCCCCCCUCUGCUGAAUCCAGAGUUUUUUGGCAGUGGUCUUGAGUAAACAGCGUAUUUUUAGCUGGGAGGUCAUAUAGGCCCAGUCUUAAUCACCACAUUCCUAUUUUUCCCACCAGCCCAGCUUCAGCCAGAGGCUCAGUCGGCCAGACCCAGCCACUGUGGAGGAGGGGAAAGACAGAAAGAUUGAUUUGUACACAGAGAGAGACUGAUAAGGCACAAGUGUAUAACUGAUUAACACUGGGUCUGAUUGCGUUAUUUUAUUUCUCUGUAAUGUGUUAAAAGUCCUUUUUUAAUUCCAGUAUAUGUUGCCUUUGUUGAGAACCAUCUGUUGUCAUAUCACACGGGUCACCUUCACAAAGGCGUACGAUCUUGUGGUCCGAAGUCCGUAUUCAAGUACAUUUACUCACUGUUGGAGAUCACUGCGGUCAUUUGAGCCCAAAAGCAAGGACGCCGCAGCUGUAACUUUAAUUAUCACCUCGUUGUACUUUGAUUACAGCACGGACUGAAAUCAAUUAUUCAUUAGUCCAACAGCUACCGCUGAACGUGUGGUCACGGAUGAGCUCGUUCUGCUGGGGUAACUCGGGCGUUGCUAACAAUGCACAAACCUAUCCCUUCCAAGGCCCCCCCAAAUAGCGUUAGCUUAUGGCUAUGGAGUAACUAUUUAAUAUAUAUUAAAUUUGUUUAGCAUAAGAAAAUUAUUAGAGAACUUGUUUUCCAAACUGAAUAAUACACUUAAUAAUAAUCUGUUGCUCUGCUCCUUCAGGUGUUUUCUUGUCAAAAACCUCUCCAUUUUGUGCUAGCUAGCCGUUGUUAGCUUAAAGAGCAGAGCUAGGUAAAUAUUUUUUUUAUACCUAGCGGUUAUGACGUCGUAGCAGUGGUCACACGAGGUGCGUUCAAGUACCAUCGGAAACUUGAGACUCCAAUGAUUAUGACGUGUAUGUGUUGUGUGGUUCAGGACAAAUAGUUAUAAAUAUAACAGAAUAAAUAAUGAGAUCUUUUUUAUUUAUUUAUUUAUUUUCCUAUCUUCCCUCCAAUUUUCUGAGGUGUUUCCCGUGCUCCCACGCGGCCCCUUGUUUGAAACCCGCUGCAGUAGACUAUUUAGUGGUGUACAGUGAAAAUAUUACAGUAUGAAAAGCCCAGAGGCUUGGCUCCGUCUCAGGUUUAAUAGAAUCCACCAUGCUGGAUUCACAUUUGGGGUUCGUUCUGUGGAUGUUGGUUUGGAUCAGUUUUCAUGUCAUACUACAUCACUGAGGAUGGAUUGAGCAAACACACGCACACACAAACACUUCCUCAAAUUGUCUUAUACAGCGUCUGCCAAUGCAGUAUGUCAAAGUGACUCCAGAAGAACAGGCCCCGCCCACUCCACACAAAACAAAAUUGAAAAGGUUUUAUGAGAGCUUCAAGAUAUUCAGAUACAACCAUCUAAAUGCGUCUUUUCACAAACACAAAAUCAUUUUUGACAGUUGAAAGAAAUGCUUUUGUUACAAAUUUUCACAGGCAGUAUUUGACUAUACUUUAAUAGUUUAUGUUGAAAACAAUGUUUUGUUUUAUCUGUGCAAGUAGGACUUUUAACAUUUUUAGUUUUUCCUGAAGCCUAAAAUGUGAUAACUUUCUAUAAUUUUUUUGAAAGUUAUUACAAUUUUUUUGUCUCAGACAAAAAUUACACCAUUGCUACACAAUUAAUAAGUGUUUUGAUGAUUUAGAACAGGGGUGUCAAACGCAUUUUGGUUCAGGGCCCACAUACAGUCUGAUUAGAUGUCAAGUGGGCUGGACCAGUACGAUCAUGACAUAAUUUCCUAUAAAAAAACAAUGUUUUUGCCUAUAGUUUCCAUGCAAAAAAAUAAAAGUAUAUUACAAAAUAUUCAUAUUUCAUGAAUAUCAUUUUACAAAACAUUACGAAGAAGGAGUGUUUGUGCUUUUUGUUUAACUUUCAAAAUUAAUCAAGCAGUCAGAGUUAACCACCUAAUGGGCCGGUUUUGGUCCGCAGACCUUAUAUUUGACACACCCUGUUUAGAACCUUAAAAACAUUAGAAAUUUGAAAGAUCAUUAAAAGAUAAAUAAAGGCAAACAAAUAACUGGACUGGACAAAAAUGAUUUCUGUCAUCAUGUUGAUUUUGUCCAAAAAAAGUGAAGUCAAAAUAGGAACUUUUUUUUUUUCCCCCUCUUGCAUCACAUUUGUUCUUUUCUGAUUUCCUCACAGGCUACAUUUUUUUUAUGGCUGGUGGGCGUUGAACAUUUGCAGUUUGUUAUCACUUGAUGCUUUCCUAAUUGUUCAGAGAAUAACUGAGAAACUGUCUACAAACGCCUUUUCAAAAGAGAAGCCACCUGCGGCACACCGUGUCAGAGGUGUCGGAAGAAAUGAAAAGCCUGAUCAUUGAGAAGAAUAAAAUGGGCCUGGAGGAGGAGUCCGAGGUUCUGGUCAAAGGCUGGCUGUUGCGUGUGGUGCGUGGAAACUGGAUUAAGCAGCGUCGGUACUGGUUCGUGCUCACCCAGGACUCACUGGACUACUACAGUGGACCGGAGAAAGGAGCUCGCAGACUGGGAACACUGGUCCUCACCAACCUCUGCUCAGUCAUCUGGCCAGACAAGCAGAUGUACAAAGAAACAGGAUACUGGAGCGUCACGGUGUACGGACGGAAGCACUGCAACAGGCUCUACACCAAGCACUUCAACGAGGCUGUGCACUGGGCCUGUGCCAUCCAGAAAAUAAUUGAUACCAAAGCUCCAGUGGAAACUCCAACGCAGCUCCUCAUUCGAGACAUCGAGGAGAACAAGUUCAACCCUGAGGUGGUGGAGCACAUCUACCAGCACAACCCCAUCCUGAAGUACACCCACGGGCCCCUCUAUGCUCCUCUGCUUCCUUUCCCCUACGGCAGCCUGGAGCACACAUACCACAGUGGGAAAGGCUACGGCUCUGUACGUGAGGAAGCUGUGAAGCUCUUCAACUGCCUGCAGCAGCUGGAGUCGGCGCAGGAGCCCAUUCCCAUCAUCCAGGGCGUGCUGCAGACCUGCCUGGUUCUGCGGCCACUGCGCGACGAGAUCUACUGCCAGCUGGUGAAGCAAACCAGCUACACGCCCGCCCCGUACACUGCCGCACACCUCCGAUACUGGCAGCUACUCACCUGCAUGAGCUGCACCUUCCUGCCUGGGCCCACCGUCCUCAAGUACCUGCGAUUUCACCUCAAGAGGAUUCAGAGCCAAAGUCCAGAGUCUGAAAUGGAUAACUAUGCAUCAUUCAUCAGUGAGGCUCUGGAGAAGACCAAGUGUCGGGAGUGUGUGCCAUCCUGGGAGGAGAUCCAAAUGCUGAUGAGCAGAGAGGAGAUGCUGUGCACUGUACACUAUCCAGGCCCUGGAUCCUGCCAGCUCUACAUCAGCUCACACACAACGGCCAAUGAGGUGAUACGACGGAUACAGGAGAAGCUCGGCCUGCUAGAAAGCAAAAACACUUUUGCACUGUUUGAACACAAUGCAUUGUGGGAACAGCCAGUGGCAGGCAGUGCCUUGAUUGCAGACGUUCUUACCAGCUUCUCCACCAAAGAAACAGAAUCUAAAUCCCAGUGGAAACUGUGUUUCAAGCUCUACUGUCUCCUGGAUGCUGACAGCAUAUCAGUGGACAGCAUUGAGUAUCUUUUCCUCUUUGAGCAGUGCCAUGAGAUGGUGGUGCGUGGACACCUUCCAGCCUGUGAAGAAGACCUUCAGACCUUAGCUGCCCUCCGGCUCCAGAUUACCAUGGGUGACUUCAGCACCCACGCGCCCUGCCCGCCUCUGGACGAGCUGUUCCCGGGGGACAUGCUUGAAGCCCGUGUCCUCAUGUCUCUGUCCGGCCCACAAGCGUUGCCUCCCUGCCUGGUGGCGGCUCAGUGUUGCCCGACUUCGCAGCGUUUUCCCAAAGGCCUCCUCACGGGGGCGCUGUGGAGCCACACCACUACAGCAGUGAAUAAGCGAAAAGUGGAGCAGGACAUCUGCCUGCGGAGCCGACUGAAGGAGGAGGCGGCAGCGGUCAUGGGAGCCAUCUUGGAGCGUUGGAAAGGUCUGGCAGGCUACAGCCGCAGAGACAGUAUGGCCGCCUAUCUGGCGAUCGCGAGGCAGUGGUCCGGCUUUGGUUGCACUCUUUAUGAAGUGGAUUUUUAUAUUAGUUCGACGGGGAGUUUUUCCCAGAAGCUGUGGCUGGGUGUAGCAGCUACGUCCGUGUCUCUGUAUCGACAGGGAGAAGCAGAGGCCCUGGAGUCGUUACCUUACGGCCAGAUCUGCUCUUACGGCGUAUCUGACGGCAACACUUUCAAGAUCACGGCUGGGGAUCGAGAUCUGCUGUUCGAAACCUCCAAGCUGACUGAGAUCAUGCAGCUGAUGAAUGCAUAUUUUAGUGCCAUCCGUCGACAGCGAGACAAAAGCGAAGAUGUGGACGUCACCAUAGCGGAGAGCACGGAGGUCGGCUGCCGCCAACUGGCCUCGAUGCAGCCGCCGACCCUUCUGGAGCUGCCUUCGCAUCCCGUUUGACUGUGACCCAAACUGUACCUGCACGCAAACACACACCAAGAAACACACUGAGACACACACAUACAGUAGGUCCACCCUCCUCCUACUUGUGGCCCUAAGGAGGUCCAACCCCAGCACUUAGGACCCUGCGCCUCCUCCAUUGGGAACAGCGCGGCAGCCAAAACAAAGAGAGGGCUGUUUUCUCUCCCCAUCCGUGAAAAUAAACCCUUGCUGAGCUUUCCAGCUGAAGGAGCUGGCCGGUGGAUGACUGGAGUAAUGGAGGGAAGGAGGGUGAGUGGGUGAGGGAAUGGGAAUAAACGUGAAGGCACAGGGUUUCUGUUUAGCGAGAGAGGCUGAAAAAGCCGCAGUGGCCGUUGCGGUCGCUGAUUAGGUGUCGCUCUGAAACCCCUUCUCCCCAACCCCCUCACUGUCACGCAAUCGCCUCAGCUACCCUGCAGGGCAACCACCACCCGAACCUCAGCCCGUCUCCUCGACAAUGUGACAUGCUGACGUGAACAUUGUGCUUCAUUAGGGAGAGAGCAAGUGUCAGGUCUGUGGCAGUGGUGAGCCGUGGUACUGCAGCUCCCCCAUCCUGUCUGAGAAGUACAGCUUAAAGAAAAAAGAAACAUACACAACUGUGGCUUCACUCUCUCUCUCUCUCUCUAUCUCUCUCUCUCUUUUCUAUCUCUCUCCCUCUAUCUUUCGAAGUGUGCCAUAUUUGUCUUUUGAGUUUCCUAGAAGGCAGCAGUCCGUCAUGUACUGCUGGAAUAGUGCUGAAAAUGUUCAGUGACAAGCCCUCCCCUGUCUGUGGUUUUCACUCAGCCACCAUCACACAUACGCACACACACACACUCUUACCCUCACUUUCUCAUGUGCCCUGAAGCUGACACGUUCAUCAGAGACAGUUAGUUUUCAUAAGAUCCCGGCCCAGCUCUGGUUACCUGGAACUGUUGAUGCAGUGAGCCAUGUGAACUGGGAAAUGGAAACAGAUGUCGGACUCCGUCGGCCAACUCCUCCUGACUGCCAAAGGCCUUAUAAACUCUUGGCAGUGGGAGUUUUUUUUUUUUUUCAUUGUCCUUACGUGUGUGUGCAUCAGUGAGUCUAUUUGAUCGAGAAAUGAAACUCCCGGAUGAAACACGUGGAAUUUAGGUUAACUUUGUCACAGAAACCAGAGGAAAAUUUUGGGAGGAUUUUGUUCUUCAUUCGUUGUUUCCAGCAUAUGCUCUGAUGUGUUCUUCGUCGUGCUGCUCGUCUCUGCUGUUAAAUCCUCAAACACCAAACUCAGUUAACACUUGACUGCUUUUGUCAGUGAAGAUAAUAUUGCACCUUCAAUCUGCUGAGAAAUAACAGGUGCUUUUUGUACUUUUUUUUUAGUUUAUACAUGUUGACAGACUUAACUUAAACCACACAAACUGUAAAAAAACAACAUUUGUGCUGUGGAUCUUUAAAAAGUUUAAACCCAUAUUAUCCCUUCUCUGCCCAGAAUUUUAACUUUUCUUAUUAGGACCUAGAUGCUUUUGUAUUUUUUUUGGGCUUUUAUUGUCUAGUGUCUUCUUUCUUUCUAGAUAAAAGUAUAUUCUGAUGUCAGGUCUGUAACCAUUUAGUGUCCAUAAGAAGUGGACACGGCAUUCUGGUACUUAAGUCCAGUUGUACCAAAGUCAGUCAAGGUUGUCUGAAGAGUUAAUGGUAUUAUUUCUGGUUUCUAGUCUUCUGAUAACUAAUUUUCCCCAAAAGAGCGUUUUAACAUUAAUGUUCACAAUCUUUCAAUCUGAGCCCUUUAAAUGUAAUCAUAAUUAAAACAGAAUUAUAGCCAUAUUUCACUACUUGUAGAAUAAUUAAUAUUCAAGACUUUAUUCAUGUCAAUUUCCCUCCUAACUCUACACAGUCUCUUUUCAUCUAUACUUUCAGCACUGUUAUUCUAAGUCCAUUUCUCUUGUUUUUUACUGAUCAGAGCCGGUGAUGCCUUUCAUCUGUAAAUCCCUAUGUAGCUUCUCUCGUGUCCACUGUUUGUGUCAUAUGUGUGAAACCAAAGUUCUGCCAACUGGUGGAUUUGAGUGCGGACCAAAGAUGUUUUCUCUUUUAUAAGCUUUCAUUACCGAUAUUUUUCCCAAAGCAGACAAACUCCCUGAUUACCUUCCUUUACACUUGAAUAUCCUCAAAUGUAAGGAAUUCUUAUAUUCAUCCUCUCUUUUAUUAGUAUAGUAGUUACAUAAAAGUUAGGAAUUUAAAGAUUUUACAGACUGGUCUGCUUACAGUAACCGGUUUGAAAACCAGCCUUCCUCUAGGAGGUGGCCUUAUGAGUCACAGCCCUUUCUUCUGCUUUCUUUACUGCAGCUGCAGGCAGCUCUGAGCUAUGUUGAUGAGCAGGAGAAAAAGUCAAAUCUGAAGAUGUUUUUGCUUUAUAUUAGGCUUGUUUGUAAGUAUUGCUGCACGGUACCUUUUUAUGUGUUUGUGUGUAUGGUCAAUUGCACUAUUGUUUGUUUUUAAACUAACUUGGAAGUGCAAUAAAAACUUUAAAUACUGUAUGUAAUUAAUAAAAACGUGACAACCAUUUUACUACACAAA